AAGAAACAACUUGAAACUGCCUGACAGUGGAAGCACACAUGAACACAUCUAUUUUCCAGUAUCACCAUGCAGUCUUUAAGUCAGAGGAUCUGGUUGGCUAUCUUCUUGGUGGUACUGCUUCUCAUUUUCUCUCAGACAAAAGAGUCGGAGCAUAAACGUAGACAUUUUAAAGACAAUGAUAUGCAAUUGAAGAAUGACGAAAAUAAUGGGGAAGAUCUCAUAAAACCUUUGGAUGAAUCCUGGAAGUUUGAUCGUCUCUUCUUAGAUGACGAAGACGGUGACAUGUUUAAGAAGUUAGAAGAAGUGAAGAAAAUAGCUAAAAAGAGCAGACGUAAGGCAUCGAAACAUAGCAAUAAGAAAGAAAACAGAUCUUCUCCUACGAAAAAACAUCAUCGUGAUAGAAGAUCUAUUAAAAAAGAAAAACAUUUUAACACCAAUGACGCCACACAUGUGAUUAACGAUAAGACCGCUAAUUUAGCUAAAAGUCUUUUACAGGAAAUUAACAGGGCAGAAACUUUCCAACAGGUGGACGAAAGAGAAGACAUCCUCAACGAACUCCGUAGGCAAGAAUUGAUUACGACCAGAACAGAGCCUUGUAAUCCUCUAAAAAAAUAUCGUGAAAUCGAUGGUCGGUGUAACAACUUGUUGAAUCUUGAAUGGGGAGCAGCAUUCACGUGCAUGAAUCGACUUAAGUACCCCGACUAUGCUGACGAAUUGUCUACACCAAGAAAAGCGUCCUCUGGAAAUGAACUUCCAAAUCCCAGACUAAUGUCCAGUGAGAUUCACAAGGAAGCCAACGUACCUUCAGCAAAGUAUACUAGCAUGUUUAUGCAGUGGGGACAAUUCCUUUCCCAAGACUUGACACAAACUUCCAAAACUACCUAUCCCGAAGAAACGGUGUUAGGAGAUUCAACGUUCGAUUGUUGCAACCCUCAAGAAACAGACAGUGAAUGUUUUCCUAUCAGUAUUCCACAGUCUGACUCCUUCUACGCAACAUUUAGUCAGACUUGCUUGAACUUCAGAAGAUCUGCAAAGUGUUUAAAGGCAAAUAAUGAUGUUCGACAGCAGAUCAACUCUGUGACAUCUUUUAUUGACGGAUCACAGAUAUAUGGGAGUUUAUUAAACACCAGCUACAACGUGAGACGAUUUCAGCACGGACUUUUAAAAACACAAAUGGACAUUGAAGGAAGACCUCUUUUACCAAGGUCAAAUGACGCAGCCAAUGACAAAUGCAGUGACAUUGCAAAUGAAAAGUACUGUUUUCAGUCCGGAUUUAGUAAAGUAAACCAGCAUCUAGGCCUAACUAGCAUGUAUACACUUUGGGUAAGAGAGCAUAACCGUAUAGCUGCGAUACUGAGGCAGUUGAACCCCAUUUGGGAUGAUGAGCAGCUCUACCAAGAAGCAAGGAGAAUUGUGAUUGCAGAGAUGCAAGCGAUUACGUACAAUGAAUAUCUUCGGAUUCUUCUUGGCCACGAACUCUAUCAUUCUUUCAAAUUAAACACAAGAAAGCGUGGCCACCAUACUGAUUAUCAGGUGGACAAGGAUCCUAGUAUACUGAAUGAAUUUGCUACGGCUGCCCUACGAUACGGUCAUUCCUUGGUUCAGAGGGAGCUCCUUCUAGUAGACGCAAAUCUCAAUGUUAGCAGUGUAAGACUAAAGAAUAACUACUUCAACCCUUUCAAACUGUACGAAGGUGUUUUUGAUUCUGUGUUACGUGGACUAGCGCUUCAACCAUCCCAGUCUUUCGAUCAAUAUUUCGUAGAAGACGUCACUAGAUACUUGUAUAAAAAUCCCGUGGAACCUCACGGCUCAGAUCUGGUCGCGAUAAAUAUCCAGAGAGGAAGAGACCACGGCAUAAAAGGCUACUCCUCUUAUGCCCAGAUGUGCAAUGGACCACUUCUGUCUUCUUUCGAUGACUUCGACAAAAUUAUGCCAAUAACAGUUCGUAAGAAGUUACAAGACCUGUUCGAAUCUGUUGAAGAUGUUGACUUAUUUUCCGCUGGGGUUUCGGAAUAUCCUCUUCCAGGAGCAGUGGUGGGUCCAACUUUCGGCUGUAUCAUAGCUAACCAGUUCGCCAGGAUCAAGCAUGGUGACAGGUUUUAUUUUGAAAAUAUAAUGACGGCAGGAUCCUUUACAAAAGAUCAGCGAGAAGAACUUCAGGAGGUGACCUUGGCGGGUAUUAUUUGUGCGAACAGUUAUGGAAUUGAUAGGAUCCAAAGAAAAGUAUUUCAACCUGUCGACGAAAAGAACCCAGUGGUAUAUUGUGACACUAUAAAACAACCUGACUGGGAUGAAUGGAAACAAGAUCAUUAAUGAGAAAACUUACCUGGAAGACAGCAUUGGCCUACUAUAUUACAACGUUCACUCUAUAUUAAAUAAUGCACUCUAUAAUUAAUAAGCAUAAUUUAUUAUUCGAUAAUAUUUGAGGUAUGUUGUAUAGUGAAAGUUUUUUUUAUCUAUCUAUGUAUACACACACAAUUAUGGAAAAUGUAAACUCCACACAUCUGUAAUCACUACUACAUGCAAAUUAACACUUUAAAAACUUCUUUCUGAAGAGAUUCACAAACAAUAACCCAACUGUGUAGCACAUAUAGAUAUCCAAGUAAAAUAGACCUACCAUUUAGUUCCAGUUUCUGGCCAUUAGACUUCGUUAAAGUGAAAAAACUUGUAAAGCCUUCUCACUUAAUUCUAUAAAAAACUUGUAAAGCCUUCUCACUUAAUUCUAUAAAAAACUUGUAAAGCCUUCUCGCUUAAUUCUAUAAAAAACGUAAAGCCUUCUCACUUAAUUCUAUAAAAAACUUGUAAAGCCUUCUCGCUUUAAUUCUAUAAAAAACUUUAAAAGCCUUCUCACUUAAUUCUAUAAAAAACUUGUAAAGCCUUCUCACUUAAUGCUAUCAAUAAUUAUCCGUAAUUCUAUGCCUCAUAUGAAUGCUUGCAAUAAAAUUUUUUGUUCUCCCAUAAUUUCCUGUAUGUGGUACACGCUUGUUUGAUUUUGGUAAAAGUUACGAGAAUACCAUUAAAUUUGUAACAUCAGUUAAGGUUGUGAAUAAUAGUAUGAUGCAAAUA